ACUUUUUUUGACAAGUGUGACACCUCAACAGUUUCUGGCAGAAAUUGGGUUGUAAUUCGCUGCUUUUACUUUUCCAAAUUGAAUUAUACAUAUACAAUGGCUAGCCCAAGGACGCGUCGCGUGUUGAAAGACCUAAAAUUGAAGGAUGACAACAAUACGUGUUUUGAAUGCAAUACCCACAACCCCCAGUGGGUCAGUGUUACGUAUGGAAUAUGGAUAUGCUUGGAAUGCUCGGGGAAACACAGAGGACUUGGUGUACAUCUCAGUUUUGUGCGGUCAGUGUCCAUGGAUAAGUGGAAAGAUCUUGAGCUAGAAAAGAUGAAAGCUGGAGGAAACCGAAAGGCCCGUGACUUCUUUACCAGCCAAUCAGACUACAACGAGGGCUGGUCCCUGACAGAGAAGUACAACAGCCGUGCUGCUGCCCUCUACAGAGACAAGAUUGCCACACUAGCAGGAGGGAAGCCAUGGAGUGAGGAAACGUCAUCAGCCAGGAACCACCGACCAUUUGUGGCGACAUCGCCAGGGGGUGGGGGCAUGAAAACAUCUGCCAGCUACCCACGCAUGUCUGCCAGCUCCAGCAACAGUGGGGGCUAUAAUGGGGCAUCAGGAGGAGGCUACCAGGAGUCUAUCUCUAGCGAUGACAUAAAGAAGCACAAAGAGGACUUCUUCACUCGGAAACAGUCAGAAAAUGCCUACCGUAGAGAGGACCUGCCCCCGAGCCAAGGUGGGAAGUACGCGGGGUUUGGUAACACCGUUGAGAAGAAGAAGGAAGAUGACUUUUUUGAGAACACCAUGUCCAGUCUCUCCAGUGGCUGGUCUACAUUCACCACAGGCGCCACCAAGAUUGCUGCAGUAGCCUCAGAAAAGGCAACAAAAUUUGCGCAUGAUGCUAAGGACAAGACGCUAGAGUUGAGCAGCACAGUCAACGAUAGCGUAGUCAAACCUACACGAGAUAAGGUGAAGGAAGGAACACUGCUGAAUGACGUUGGAGAAUCCAUGAGUGGAUUCGCUUCUAAGUUGUCGUCGGUGGGCGCAAAGGGUUGGGGUAACCUACAGAGUCUGUGGGGUGAGCCCAAGACCACCCUGAAUACAGUGGACACAAGCCCGGGUGAGAAGUCGUCACUCCUGGGCGGAGGCACACCCACACACCAGGGUGAGAGUGGCCAUAAAUUAUUACAUGACGAGGAUGAGUGGGGCAGCUGGUCAGAAGACAAAACUGGCUGGAACCAGCCUGGACAGGAACAGGAUGACGCCCUAGAGGAUUGGCUGAACGAGGAUAACCAGUCUUCCAAAAAUAAAACAUCUAAAAAUAGUAACAAUGCUGAUAAUUGGGAUGAUUGGGGGGAGCAGGAUGGAAAAGCGAAGAAGUCUUUAAAAUCUAGUCAAAAUAUGAAGAAAAAGGAGAAGUUAAUAAAUAAAUCUACUGAUUCCGAUGGUUGGAACGAAGAGGAGUGGGGACCUGAACCAAAAUCUUCCAGUAAGUCGAGUAAAAAGACGAAAGAGGGUAAGGAGCCUCUUGUGGGUAAUCUUUUGGACUUGGACAUUAAUGACACAAGCAAUACAGCGGGCGAGAACAGCAGUAACUGGGAUACUGAGGUGUGGGCAGAUGGCGAUGAUGACGACUGGCAAUCUCUAGACAUUGAUAGUAAAAAAAAGUGAACCUAGAAUACAUGUAGAUCUUAUUAAAAUGGUGGCGCUGUAUUUAAUUCCAAACAACUGCUUUUGUCUUAAGAUUAGAAUAAAGCCUAAUUUUCAUUCUGGAUAAAUUGUGAUUUUUUAACAUACAAUAAGGCUUCAAUCUGGUCUUGUGCAAUAAGUAGCAGUUUAGGCUGUUGGUUUGUCCCUUGAGCUGUAAACACAGUGUGUGUGCCAGGAUUAUGUCCCUUGGGCUUUAAAAGGCAAUGUGUUUUCGUGCGAUUGUGAACCUUGGGCUGUGGAAGACAAUGUGGUUUCGUGUGAUUAUGCACAUUGAAAGUGAUUUUAUUGUUUCAUUGAGUAACUGAUUGGCACUGUAUGUUCAUAAGUAUUACAUUGUGAACUAAAAUUGUGAAAUGUUAUUGCUAAUCUUAGGUCAUGAUACUGAUGCCAUGUAAUCUUACCAUUUCAAGUCAAUAACCAUAGUUGUAUGUAACCGUAAUAAGCGUUGUGAUGGGGUUAAAUUUCUUGACAUGCUUGAAUAUUCUUUUUGACAUUAUAUUCAUAAAUCAUAAUUUAUAGAUAGUUUAAGUGACACUCUUAUUCAAAAUCAGUACAUACAUAUGUAUAAUAAACAUCAAUUUUAACUGAUAGACCUUUAACUUCUUACUAAAUAAUGCAUUUAUGGAAAAUAUUAAUUACUGAUAACAAGAUUGUAACCGUGUAUUAAAUAGCAGAAAGUGCAAAAUAUUAAAUGAUUGGUGAAUGCUAAAAGAUUUACUGUGAUCUACUAUAGUCUCACAUGGUUUUCGACAUUUAUUAAUCAUUUUUGGAAUAUUAAGACAAUUUUAUUAAUUGUGGUAAAUCUUAUUUGGAAGUAAGAGUGCAUCUUUAAGAAAGAUUUUUAAUUGGCAUCGUGUUUCUUUUAAUUGGCAUCAUGAUAAUUGUAAUGAUUUACUAUUGUUUACUUACUGAACCAGAGGUGUUUCUUAUUCCUGAAACAUCUUAAGGACUUGAUCAUUUUUUAAAUAAUUUAUUUUCAAUGGCAUUAUUUAAGAUACAGACUUCUAUGUUCAACAAAACAUAAACUCUUCGCCUUAUUUGACAAAGAAAAUUUCAUAUAAAUACUUAAUUUGAAUCUGACUUACUGCAAUGACAAAUUACAAGGCAAGAGUGUAGUUUAGGGUCUUAUGUUUUUUUCACCUCUGCUGUUGCAUAUAUUAAAUUUGGGACCAUUUCAUAUAAAGUAUAUUCCGGUGUUGUAUUUGAAAAUGUACUGUGUAAUGUACGUCCCAGCUGUGGGCAAAAUAACACUGCAUUUAUUAUAUUUUGUUGAAGUCAUUAAAUAUGGCGAUAACUCCUUAAAAUUAAUGUGAAACAGAUAGCAAAGGUAUUGAUGUCCUAUUGUUAUGGGACAGAUAAUAUGUUGCAUUUUGUGAAUAUUUAGGAAGCUGUAAAUGCUUCACCAUGCUAUAUGGUGACCGGUGCCAAAUCAAUUAUUUGGGGAGAUUUUAACUGUUCCCUGGUGUGUAAUAUGAUUAAUUCUUAUUCUGUUAAUGUUUGUGUGUAUGUGUUAUGCUAAGAUUAAUCGUUUCAUGAGUAUGAAAACUACUGCAAGAUUGUAAGAGAUCAGGAUCAUGCUUAUUCCAAAGCAAAGUUUUAAUUCAGCAUACUCAGAUAUUAAAUAUUCCGUCAACUAAGUAUCUGUUAUAAAUUUUUUCGCUACAGGCUUUUAAUUUAAUGGAUUGUUAGCUUAAAGUUAUUUGAGCAUUUUCGUGGGAUUCCAUAAGACCCUUAUAUGAAACAAAUAAAUUUUCGUAUGAUUGUAACAAUGGUUGUAUUAAUACAUAUAAACAUAGUUUAUUUAUUCUUUUCAAUGCUUCCCAUGAUUGUGUCAGCACAAGAUCCCAUUUCAUUGAAAAUCUUAGUCAUAUCUUGAAAAUAAAAUUAAAUAUAAACUAUCUUGUCUGUUUUUGGAGGAAAAGAGUAGUCUGACAGUGUCACCGUCACCUCUGAAUGUCGCAUUUUAAGGUUGCCAGGUUAAGGUUGCGAGGUUAAUGUCACUUGUCAAUGUCUCCCAUUAAUGUCACCAGUUAUUGUCACUGGUCAAUGUCACCCAUUAAUGUCAACAGUUAAUGUCACUGGUCAAUGUCUCCGAUUAAUGUCACUGGUCAAUGUCUCCAAUUCAUGUCAACAGUUAAUGUCACCAGUUAAUGUCACUGGUCAAUGUCUCAGAUUCAUCUCAACAGUUAAUAUCACUGGUCAAUGUCUCUGAUUAAUGUCACCAGUUAAUGUCACUGGUCAAUGUCUCCGAUUCAUUUCAACAGUUAAUGUCACCAGUUAAUGUCACUGGUCAAUGUCUCCGAUUCAUUUCAACAGUUAAUGUCACUGGUCAAUGUCUCAGAUUCAUGUCAACAGUUAAUGUCACUGGUCAAUGUCUUGGAUAAAUGUCAACAGUUAAUGUCACCAGAUAAUGUCACUGGUAAUGGUCACCUGUUUAUGUCACAAGUUAUUGACACUGGUUAUGGUCACCAGUUAAUAUGACUGGUAAAUGUCACUAGUUAAUGUCUCUGGUUAAUCCACAGCUUCAUGCAGCCAGUUAAUGUGGCCCACUAAUGUCUAUGACGAAUAUCUCUGAAUUUUGUGUGUAUAUCACUGGUAAAUGUCACCAGUGAAUGCCAUAGCAUUGAGUCCAAUAAUGACAGCAAUGUCUGCAUCAUUUAAAUCUGCAACCCAAAAACCAUGUUAGAUAUUGAAGGAAAAAGACCACCAUACACCUGCAUUGGCAAAAGGCAUAAUUCAUGGUUAUUAUCCAAGUAUUUAUGUUCACGUAUAGCUAGUUGUGCAACCUGUGGUUUAGAUGCCCCUUUAUUAGCUUAAUACAAGCUCAACCUCUGUGUAAAAUUAGCAUUGCCAAGUACAAAUUGUUCAAGUAAAAACUUUACAUGGAAUUUAAUUUAUGGAACUUUUAUUGAUUUACUAUAAACUUUUUACAGACGUACAUUAUUUCAAGAAAAGACCAAGGUCCUUUAAUGAAAUGGGGCCAGACAUUGAAACUACCAGUAGACACAAAAAUUUAUAUGAUUACAAAAAUUAUUAUUAUAAACAUAAGAUAUUAUUAUUAUUCAUAUAAACUUUGACCUAAAUAUAUGUAGCAGCUGGUCCAACAACCAUGGACAUUCUUACAUACAUGGUCAAAACAAAAAAAUCCUUACCUUAAAUGCGUCCAGCAGACAUGCGGAUCAAUAGCCGCUGUUUUAUUAUUUCUCUUAUGACUAUGACCUCAUUAAAAUAAAAAGUAACGCAAUAAAUCUGGCUUAAUCGAGUUGAGUUAAAAAACUUUCAAACAUAAUUUCAACUCGAUCAUGGUAAAAGCUAAAUUAAUUUUGGCCCCAAAUCUCCCCUCUUAGUAAAGGAACCAGGGUGCAGAUCAUCUAGUUGUGGGAACAUUUCAGGGAUUCACCACAGUUUUGGGGUCAAUUGGCAAUAUUUGAGGGACUAGACAGGGUGGUGGAGACAUGGCCACAAAUUUAAGUCUUACUUGUGCUCAUAUACAAGUAACUCUUUUACUUUUAAGUUUUUCAUUUGGACCUGGUCUGUCCAUUAAAAUUUUAUAACAUAAAUACAUGUAUAUGUGUAAUAUUUUUCUGUAUUUUUACAUUGAACGUUUUUUUUCUGGACAUUUCUUAAUGUUCUUAUAAAAAGAAGAUCUUUACAUUAAAAAUGUUAAUAUUUGCAAGACAUGAAGUAUUUUGUGUGAACAUUUAUUCAUGAUCAUGCAUAUGGACAUUAAAAACAUUAAAUAGCGUUUUAGUUAAAGAGUCAUAAAAGGGUGUAAAUGCUGUAGAUAUUUAAAUAGUUCCUAUGUUUUAUUUUAAUGCAUUUUUAUAUGAUUAAAAAUUAAAUUAGGGUAGCUAAAACUUCUUCAAUUAAACAUAUUUCUAACAUUUUUUGUCAAAUUCAUAAUAUUAAAAUUCUUCACAGCCCCAUAAAAGUGUGAACUGAUGACCCCAAGCUCCUGUCCCUCAUCUGCAGCAUCCUGCUCUUAUUAUCCAUGGCUAAAAUCUAGGUACAACCAUAGUCAUCAUACAUUUACUUGUAUUUUGAUGUAUAAAAUUGCCACUACACAUUUUCCUUUCUUUUGAUGGAUAUAAGGGAAAAAUCAAAUCUGAAAAUGACUUAGUGAUUUCAAAAUAUGCCUCAGGCCUAUGUUUUCACAAAAUAUUGUUCUUAAGUUAUAAGUGAAUACUGUUCGUUGCAUUUGAUGUACAUUAUACAAAUAUUUUAAGAAAAGGAACCAACAAUUGCAGUAUUGAAUAUGUUCUUAUGUUAUGUUUUAAUUGACUGGUGAAUAGUUUGUCCAUGCUGGAUUUGAAGACUACAGCAUGUGCAUAUAUGAACUAUGUCCAUUCCUACUCUGUUAAAUGAUUUUGAUGAAUCGUUAUUUAUUGUCUGUGAUGUCACUGUAUAAUAAAUGAUUUUAGAUUA